AUGCUAGAUAUGGCGCACGGAGUAUCUAACUCGAUUUCAGGGCUCCGGAUAGUUUCUUCAUCCUCGCAGGAAAACGUCGAGAUGGUCGUCGACGACAGCUAUGAUCCCCUGCAGCACCACCUGACGCAUGAUCAUCACCAUCCGCCGCUGGAGCAGCAGAACCAGGCGGUACUGAUGCGUCAACAGCAUCCACACCAGCCACACCACCACCAUACGGCGCACCCAGCGCCCCAUCAGUUCAUGCGCCACCAACAGCAAACGAUGGCGGCUGCAGGAAUGGUCGGCUAUCAGCAACAACAGCAGCAGCAGUAUCCUGGAAGCAACCAACAAGAGCCCAUGCUCGAUGGGGAGGUUGCAGCUGACAGCACCUGUCGCUACCACGGACGUGACUCGCCGGAGGCUGGCCUCGUCGUUGGAGCCGAGGAAGCCAUGGAUAUGGACUUGAUCGGGGAUGGACCCGGUGGUGACGCCAGCGGUACCAGUGAUCUAUCGCAGCUCAGAGGCGAUGCUACGUACGCCAGCACCAGUGGAUGUGGUGGCAGCGGCAGUGGUAGCGACGAGCAUGAGAUUGACAUUAAGGACAUUAUUCGGGAGGGGCACGAGAAAGCGGACCCGUCACAGUUCGAGCUGCUCAAGGUGCUCGGCGAGGGCUCGUUCGGGAAAGUGUUCUUGGUGCGAAAGAUUGUCGGCAUCGAUGCCGGCACGCUGUAUGCCAUGAAAGUAUUAAAGAAGGCGACCCUAAAGGUGAAGGAUCGAGUGCGGAGCACGAACGAGCGGAAUAUCCUUGCGGAUGUGGGCCACGCAUUUAUUGUUAAGCUUCAUUAUGCCUUCCAAACGCCUGGCAAAUUGUACCUCAUACUGGAUUUUUUGCGUGGAGGCGACCUGUUUACGCGGUUGAGCAAGGAGGUGAUGUUCACCGAGGAGGACGUUAAGUUCUAUUUGGCCGAGCUGGCGUUAGCACUGAACCACCUGCACGGUAUCGGCAUCAUCUAUCGCGAUCUGAAACCGGAAAACAUACUUCUGGAUCAGGAUGGUCAUAUAGCUUUAACGGAUUUUGGUCUCUCGAAACAACCCCUCGAUGGGUCAAAAACGUACAGCUUCUGUGGUACGGUCGAGUAUAUGGCACCUGAGGUGGUCAAUCGGAAAGGACACACGUUUGCCGCCGAUUGGUGGUCCUUCGGCGUGUUGAUGUUCGAAAUGUUGACUGGAAAUUUGCCCUUCCACGGGAGCAACCGGAACGAUACGAUGAAUCAAAUUCUUAAGACAAAACUUGGAAUGCCGGAGAACCUGAGUCCCGAGGCGCAAAGCUUACUGCGGGCUCUGUUUAAGCGCAAUCCACAGAAUAGGCUCGGAGCGGGCCCGCACGGUAUCGACGAUAUCAAGCGGCACGAAUUUUUCACCAACGUCGACUGGGAUGCGUUUGAGCGGAAAGAAGUACGACCACCGUUCAUACCUGCCGUGUCGCGAGAUGAUGCAUUCUAUUUUGACUCCGAAUACACAAACAAAUCGCCAAAAGACUCACCGGGUGGACCGGUUAGUGCCAGUGCACAUGAAAUAUUCCGUGGUUUCAGCUUCAUCGCUCCUGGGUUGUUGGACGAGCAGCCAAAUUUUGCCAACGGUAGCAAUAUGGUGAUGCAGCAGCAGCCAGCCUCGAGGUCACCAUUUUUAAAUGAAAUUCCCGGAGUGAAGCCGGUUGCAUUCGGAGACGAGUACAGCCUGAUGCAGGAGCUUGGUCGUGGAACAUUCUCCAUAUGCCGGAUGUGUGAACACCGCACGACAAAGAAACAUUAUGCGGUGAAGAUUAUCGACAAGUCCUACCAUGACUGCCGCGAGGAAGUGGAAAUUUUACUUCGGUACGGCAACCACCCGAAUAUCGUGACGCUGUACGGUGUGCACGAGGACACGAGCUACGUAUACCUGGUGAUGGAGCUGCUAAAGGGAGGCGAACUGCUGGACCGUAUCCUAGCUAUUCACUUUAUGCCAGAGUUAGAAGCAAGUGCGGUUCUCCGCACGGUCGUGUCGGCGGUUGCUUACCUGCAUGAACACGGCGUCGUCCAUCGUGACUUGAAGCCAUCGAAUCUGCUAUACGCGUCUAUCAAUCACACACCGGAAUCGCUUAAGCUAUGCGAUCUAGGAUUCGCGAAACAACUGCGAGCCGAUAAUGGUCUGCUAAUGACUCCGUGUUACACUGCCAACUUUGUUGCGCCGGAAGUGUUGAAGAAGCAGGGCUACGAUCUGGCUUGCGACAUUUGGUCACUCGGUGUUCUGCUGUACAUCAUGCUCGAUGGCAAAACGCCCUUCGCCAGCACACCAAACGAUUCACCGGAUAUGAUCUUGGCGCGCAUAGGAUCGGGGAAAGUGGAUUUAGAAACGGGUAAAUGGCCAACGAUAUCGGAUGAAGUAAAGGUGUUAUUAAGGCAGAUGCUGCACAUCGUGCCAUCUAGACGUCCGACGGCCGCACAGAUCUUAAGGCAUCCCUGGUUGUCCCGAUGUGGUCCUCGAGUUAUGUACAAUACGGUAGGCACACAGCAUGUCGUUAGCGAGCGGCCCACUGUAGUGGAGCCACAGGUAACGAAACCAAUUAAUGAAAAUACCGAAGCCAUUAAGGGUGCGGUACACGCAACUUUCCGAGCGAUAUCCUCGCCCCAGGCAGCCAAUUUGGGACCGGUUGGCAUGUCCGAUCUGGCGCGGAGAAGAAUGGAUAAGAUGAACCAUUCGUAA